CGUAUCAAUGCUCCGUUGCAUUCACGACGAUUGAAAUAUUUGAAACGCUACGUCACAGGUUAUAUGACCGCGUCGCGCUAUAGUCGCGUCGUCUCGCCGUCUCGAACAGUGACUCGUCGUCAUUCCGUGUCCGUUGCGUCUUUUUGCGCGGUCCGCGCGCACACAAAUGUCAGGAAUGUCAGGUGCUGUGACGGGUGUCUCGUCUGGUAUAUCAAUCGACUCGCCGGGACACGAUUGAACGCGAUAUCUCCGUCGACGUCGCGUUCCGCGUAAAAGCAUCAUGGCGUCAUGUCGGGCAAGUGUAACGGGUUCGUGCGUGUUGUCGCGUCGUCUAAUGGCUCUCGCAGCCAGCACGAUGCGCGACGCGACACACGAUAAACGAUAAGCAAUAUCCAAUAAGCAUACUAGUAUUCCGCAAAAACUGUACGCUCAUUGGAUAUCGCGCGUCGCAUAUCACGUGUCGCGUCGCAAAUCGCGCUGGCUGCGAGAGCCAUAAUCCGCGGAGUACGUGUCUCGCGCGCGACCCGGUCACAGGAAGGUCGAAUCCCGUGACGAGCGACUCGAUCAGCACAUCAGUCGGCCACUCGAACACGACUGAACGCGAUGCCCGUCAACAUUCGCAACCGGCGUACGCCGUGUCCCGCGGGGAGCUAAUGGCGUCAUAACGAAUAAGUGUAACAGGGCUAGGGAUGGAAGGGGAAGUGGAAGAAGGGAGCUGAGAUGCUGCGAUCAAGUCGCUAAACCGUAAAAAAAGGGACUUGCGCGAAAGGGAGUGCCAAAUUCAAUGACGAGCAAUUGUCAUGGUACAUCAACCGGGGUGAGUGUGUGUAAACAAAGUGAGGACGUUUGGACUGAGGUGACUGGCGCCUGUCAUACUACACCAGGAAUGUGGAGAUGCACGAGUGUCGCGAGGAACAGACGCAGUCCAGGAGCCAGCUGCUUCGGGAGAUUCGCUUACAUCGUAAUCUUCCAGAUUCCUGCAAAACCAGAAGAUUACGGUCGACUCGCAACGUUAAAACACAUCUUGCCCGACCGACGACUCGCAUUCCACGCUAAACGCACGAUCCGCAUUUAUCAUUCGAGAGAAAACGCACGAACUCUCCGUCCUGUCUCUUCUCCCGGAGCAUCGUCGUCUUCCGCGAAACAUCGUAAAAAUUCCACGAUUAUGGAAGAGGGAGCUUCGAGCCAAGAAGACGCCCCGAAUCGCGAGACCAGCGCGAGCUACGUCGCAAGAUUUCGCCGGAGUUGCCGCAAUCGCCGGUCGCAUGACGAAGUCGCAGACCUCGCGGCGGAAUUGCAGCGCGCCUACACGGUGAAGGAGCUGCAGGCUCAGCUGGAGGAGAAGCGGGGUCGUAGACAGGCGGAGCUGGUGCGAGAGCGCGAGUGCGCCGAGCUGACGCGGCAGCAGCAGAGGGAAGCGUUGGAAGAGGAACUCCGGCGCCGCUCGGAUAUUCUGCGUAGGAGCGAGGAGUACAGGCGGCAGCUAGACCAGCAAUUGACACGGAAGGACGAGGAGAGGAGAGUUCUCGCGGAGGAGGCUCGCGAGUACAGGAAGACACUGGAGGAGAUGGACCGCGCGCAGGAGGAGUGCGAGCGCUCGAGGGCGUUGGAAAAGAAAUGCGAGCUCGCGGAGAAGACGAGGCGGGAGAGACUGGUCCUCGAGGAGAUGAAGGAGGAGCGUCGACAGGAGGAGCGCGAGGCCGAAGAGAGGAAGCGACGGCAGGACCUGGAGUACUUGCAAGAGAUGGACGAGAGAUCAGAGGAGGUGAAAAGGCUGCGACGGGAGCAGAUAGAGUGGCGCGAGAGUGUCCUGCUGGAAGCUGCGAGGAUGAUACUGGAUGCAGAGGCGCGUAAGCGGGAGAAGGAGGAGCGGUUGUUUGAUCUCGUGACGGAGGAGAUUAGACGCGAGCUCGUGAUCAGAGAACGGGAGCAGGGGGCGCGUAGGAGGAGGAUGCAACAGGAGCUGGCAGCCGGUUUGGAGGAGCAGAUAGUCCUCACGGAGCAAUGCAAGCAGCGCUUCGUGGAGGAAGACAGAGCCUGGGCUGAGGAUGUCAUGAGGAAGAUUAUGGAAGACGAGAGACUGGCGAGAUGCACGGCGGAGGCGAGGAGGAGGAUGAAGGUGCAGCAUCGGGAGGACCUGGAGAAUUUGAUUGCGUACCGCCGCAGGAUUCGCGAGCAGGAGAUUGCUAGGAUGGAGGAAAGCAUCAAAGAAGAGCAGAGGCUGGCGCUGCUUGAGGCGGAAUGCGCCAAAGAGCAAAGGAGGCGUUUAUUGGCGGCACACGCGGCUGAUAUCGCGAGCUUCGUGAACCGUGCGGCUCUCACGGCCGACGAGCGACGAAUUCUCGACGAGUUGACCGAGGAAAAUCGUAACAAUGUCGACGACAGCGCCGGCGAUAGGGACGUAAAAACUACCGAUGACGAUGAUAUGAGGAGAACGUGAGGAUCGCGGAUAUUAUUGGCAGCGCAGCGAUAAAAUUGUGAAAGAUUCAACGAAACGAUAUAGAGUCCCUAGAUAAGGGACUUAUAUCCGCAAGACGAAGAAUAGGUUAGUAGGGAUAUGUCAGAAUAAUCGAGGGAAUAGAUAGCGAAGGGAGUAAAAAUACUUGGGGUGUUGGAGACGGGAUGUUUGCAACAAACGGUACCGACGACUGAGGCAAGAAAUCGAACGAAAAUGACGAAGCCGCGAAGUCAGAGAGUCUCCAUCUAGCUCGUGAAAGAAAUAUCGAUCGGCAGGGCCGUUAGGAAAAACGUAACAAUGAAACGACAAACAUCGAAAGGAGGUCGACCGCGGGAAACCAAUAAAAAAAUAAUCAGAGACGCAGAAAGAAUUAUCUUCGAGAGCAAAAUCGAGGAUGAAAUGUAGAGCAGGCAGAUGAUUAACGAGCACUCAUAGCGGUGCAUUUCGCGACAAAGUAUAUUCAAGUAUUGUUACAAGUUUCAUAAAACGACGGCGUGGUUUAGAUAAAUGUUACAGUCAAACGUACAUAUAGUUUCAUUCGCUUUUUUUUUAAUAAAAGUUAUUUUGUUUCUUAAAAAGUGGAGUAAUAAUUUUUUAGGGAAAACACAUUUGGAUUUUGGUGAACGAUAGGCGUCUCUUGAAAGAAACGGAAACGUAUUUCGUCGAACAGGAUGAGGGUCCCCGUAAAAGGGUCACGGACGAAGGAUGAGAGAAAUGGCCGGAAAUUGUGGCGGAAGUUGAAAACCGAGUUCUCAAUGCCGAAGGUUCUUUUACGCGUACGUGCGAGUAAAUUAUGCCGUAAGAUCAUUCGGUGGAUCCGGCGAGUUGGUCGAGAUGAGAAGUGAGAAGAGCGAGGGACUUGCCACAACUUGUGGAUGUGAAGUUCAACCAAUGUGCUGGGCGGCCCGUCCUCGCGUGUAAAACGUGCGUCGGGACAGCAGCGAGGAAGGGACAAAUUGUGUGACACGUUAUGGAGUCAAGCGCGAUUAUGUAACUGCAGACUUUACUUGUUACACGAACCAUUCGUUAUCAUUAAAUCCCGUCCGCUGGCUGUUGCAUAAACAUGACUCACUCACGACACGUGAGAUAUCGUCUAAAAUUGAUACGGGAAAUAAACAUCGGCACUUCAAUUAAGACGAAGAAGUACACGUAAUUGCACGUUACUCUCGUGGGGUUCUGCGUUCACCGCGUAGGAUUGUUGGCGCGGUGGUGCGCAGCCGCGUCUUUUGAUUGAAACACAAAUUAUCAUGUCGAUGCAACAGCGUUCUAACGCGCUUAACGCUUUUGCAAUUACGCGAGAAUUAUUUCGCGCGCCAAUAACGUAUGGGGUUGCGUCGCGAGCGCACUUUGCGAGCGUAGGAAAGUUGAGCGCACCUGCCGCGCUAUACGUGUAUGCGAGCGCGGUAAUACAUUCUAAUGCAUUGUAAUUACAGUGACUGUCGGUCGAUACUUGAUUUUUCCUGUUAUCGAAACUUCAAAUUAUUGUCAGCGAACGGUACACAAUGUUGCGAGGCGGCUCACGCUCGUGUGUGGAAAAACAUGACUGACAUAUAAAUUACGUAUAAUAUUCUCCUAAUGUUCUCUCCAUCCUGCUGGAUAUUAAUCAAGGCGUCAGAUAAGGAUAUAAUAAACGCUGAGAAAUUGCGUGUCCUGGCAAUCUAUAAAACUUAAGUAUCGGGGAAACAUUGUGGAUGUAAUUAUUAUACCCGAAGGAGAGAUUGGAUGCUCGUAAUUACGGUGCUACAUUGGAUUAAUGCUCCUAGGGAUGGAUUCUGCGCGCGCCCCCCAUUGUCACUUAGUAUCGCGAUAUCAUUUUGUAUCGCGUCUGUGCCGAACGUGGGUGAAUUGAUACAGCGAUUUUCUCAUGUAAUCGAUACGUAUUUUUGCGUUUAAAGGCUACGUCCUAAGACUGAAUGCGUCGUAUUUGUUUUCACGAAGAAAAGUCGAUUACAACAACAGAAUCUGUGUAUGAUGGCUAAAUCUCGUUGUCUCAAAUCUCUCAUAUGGAUAUCUGAAAGUAUAGGUAUUAGAUGUAGUAAUAAGAGUAGCAAAGGUUUGAGUUAUAGUAACAAAUUUUCAGGAUAACUUCUUGCGGCAGUGAAAUAUUUUCUCUUCCGUGUUUCGAAGCGCUAAAAAUGCGAUAUUUAGAAUUUUGAACAAAGUUUCAGAUCCUCGUAAUUUUAAAACGACAGAAAAAAAAUUUAAACAGUACUUUCGGCCGGAAGACGCGGAUAAUGAGCCUUGAAAUAUCCGCGAGGCGUUACCAGACCUGGCCGAACGUUUAGAUCGAGGCAGCGCCGAUAUACUCUCCGAGCACCUGUCGCCAGGUGUUACUUGUCUGUUAGAACGUCCAAAGAUUUCCCAUGAGAGGUGCCGCUCGGGCAAUUUCCAAGAAACUCGCGCGCCAGGUACUAAACAUCUUACCCGAGUAGAGUUCAAGCGAAAUUUAUAACGUAGAAUCAAAAAGAUUGCGUAUAUACGCGUAUGAAUAAUACGAAAAUAUCAUCCUCUUUGGCGACAAUAAUACAUAAAAUUGAAAUAAUUAAAUAAAUAAAACGAAUAAACAAAUAAGUAAAUUAAUAAAAUACGGAAUUCAGUCAUUUUUCUCAAGCUUUUACUUAUUUACUUGCAUUUGUUUAUCUAAUUCCUAACUUUAUUUGCACGCGCAGCUUGAAAUGUCGCGCGCUUGCUUAAUUAAUUUUGUUUAUGUCUCCGUAUUAUUCUCGAAGCGUGUUAAAAUGCAAUUUCAUUGGAACGUGAAAUAAUCACGAAUGUUCGUCGGGAAUUAAUGAAACUUUCGUUAUUAUAUCUCGCACGCUGCGCGUUAUAUAAAGAUAUCUCAUUACACGGCAUAUAAAUGGGGAUAAAAAAACACAGGAGCGCACAGAUAACUCGGAUCCUGUGUAGAUACGCGUGUUUGUCACAAACACUUAGAGCGUUCGUAUUAAUUAAAGGCAGGUCAGGAUCUCGGAUCUCGACGCCGCCUGCUGUAAUUAAAUGUGGUCGUUACGGAGAUUCGAUGCCGCUACUCGAGUCGCGCUCCUCGGCGGCGGUAUCGAUUUCGAAAUUUAUCAGACAUCGAGAUUCUUCUCGUAAUUAAGUAAUGACUUUCCGUGUUCAUUCAAGAGCGAUAAUACGUUCGGUUUCACAAUAAUGCAUUCCUCAUUAAUACUUGCGCGAUCGUGCGAGACUUUAUGUGUUCGCUCUCUUUCGACAAAUUUUUGUGUGAGAACGAGAGAGAGAGAGAGAGAGAAAGGAAUAACAUAACAAGAAAUCAUCGAGGUUUCCUCGUUAGCUGCCAUUUUAUCGUCGAGGCAAACCAAAAUAGACGCGCGAUCGCGUAUCACAAGCUGCGGCGUACGGAAUCAUUAAUAUCCCCCGGAUGAAAUAUAUAUGAGAGAGCAGCUUUUCCAUCACGCAUCCAAUCGCGGGAAACUAGUUACAUCCGCGUGUAAUAAGUCCGUUGAUCAGACCGCCGUGACAGAAUCGGUAGUUGAGCGCGCACACGAGUUAUGCGCGAUAGACGGAAAUGCGCCACGACGUUGUAGCACACGUCGUCGCGCGACUAUUAUCGCCUGGAAAGAAUUGCGAAUUCGCCGCUCGCCAACGGUGCUAACGUCUAACGAGCGUUAAUUCGACAAUAAGUUCAUCCCGCGUCCGUCUAGCGUCCCUCGGUCGACGACUUCGUCGAGCUUAACCUUCGCGAAUUACGCCUUAAUAACGAUCUUCCGUUUUCUUCUUUUUUAGAAAUUCAGCGUCGCCGUGUCGCGAAUUAUCGCGUAACUGUCGCGCUGUUUUCUAAAUUAUACCUAUAAUGAUAUUAUCGUGAUAUUAAUUAAAAUCCUCGCGUUAUCGUAGGUAAAAUUACUUGAUGUAUAUCCUUUAUUUUUCCCCAUAUGGGGUUACAAAGUCAUAUUACAAAUCUUUUCUACGCUACCCACACACACACACGCUCCGCACCCUACCUCUUACAACUAAACUGCUAAUUUUUAUAAUUAACUUAUUAGGUAAAAUUACUUUCCUGUGCCUAUAUCGUGGACAGUGCUGUGUUACGAAAAGAGCACUGAAAGAAUUUUUGCGACAUUCAAAGCAUAUACUUUUAAUCAAUACACCACGAUCGACAAUGAAAAGAUUGAUCACCCGAGAGAAGCAGAUCAUAUGGGCAAUUAAUUACUGCGAAAGGUUCGUUAGGGAAAUCGUGUUGUCAGGUGUUCCCUUUGAAGCCUGAGCGGGAAUUUUUCUGGCGAGCUGGUCGAUACGUGCAUAUAGAUACAUCACUUCUUAACGCCCUGUUAAAUCUCCGAGCCGACCGCUGCGAGAAAGAAGAGAGAGAACGAGGGGAGAGGGAGAGAAAGGGAGAGAAGACCGAAACCUAUGCAAAUAUAGCUGCAUCGUGCCGGGGCAACGAAACUUUUAAUGAGCGCGAACGCAACGGGCGAUCGGUCUCGUAACGGAUUCGAGGACCCGCGACGAUUCGAUGGUAUAACGAGUCCCGUUAGGCGGGAUUAUUCGUUACGUGAGACAGGAUAUUUUUUUCUCCCUCUCUUUCUUCCUUUUUCCAUUACUCGCGGUUCUCGGCCUCGGCCAAGCGGGUUUUUCGAGGAUACUGAUGGUUGUCGCAAGAGCUCUUUUGUGCUCCGCGAAAUUGACCUACGCGGCGCGAAGUCAGAAGGAAUCCUAAUUGCGCUGUACGGCGUGUUAUAUUUAUCUAGUCUUUUGUUUCAAUAGACAAACAUUGUACUUGUAUUAAAACGUCUCCUCCAUCGGAACACUCUGAUUGUACGCGGGAAACGCGAACUUCGCGACUGAACGCCACGAACGUCGCCGACAUAUUGUGUGUCACGUGCGCGCACGGCGAAAGAUCGCAGUCGGUCGAGCGACGUAUACAUUAUUAUUAAUUAAUAUAAUAUAUUCGCUCGGCGAGACGGCCUUCGGGCGGUAAUAACAUGCACGCGUCAAGUGGGACGUGGUCAAUAGGAGAUCACGUUUACCGUCCUCAUCGUCGUUAAAGGACGCGUCGGACAUUUAUUUCACGCUGUUUUGCCUAUUAAAACGGCUGUUAUCUGCGAUGCGCGUCGGCCCUUCGUGUAUCAAAACGGUACUGUGCGGGAUAAGGGCGAAAGAGAUAGAGAAAGGAACGAGCUUGCGUCGCACUGAAGGUAAAGAGGAGGUCAUAAAAUAAACGUCAAGUCUAAACGCACCGUAAAACGUUUCGCGAACACGGCAACCGUGUGUGCGUGCGCGCGUGUGUCCUUCCGCAUACGUUCUAACCAGUACUUUGCGCUUCGCACGGCUGAGAGUUUACGAUAGCCGCUGUUUAUUCUUCGUGGGAAUAAUUGAAGGGACAACGAAGGCUCGCGGUCGCGUCGCGGCGCUUCGACGUGCUCGAAACGUCACCGGCGGAUCCGCGGUCGCGACAGUUGAAAACGAACAGAUUCUUUUUGUCUGAUUAUUCUCUCACGCAUUGAGAACAAUAUGCUAAAAAAUUUAUUUGUGAAAUAUAUAUAUAUAUAUAAAGUUUAUUUUUGUGAAAUCAAACUUAUUUCUGUGAAAUAAACUUUUAUCCCAGUACUCUGAGAAAAAAAUGCUUGAAAAUUUAUUUUUGUGAUAUAAAAGUAUGUCACAGAAUUAAACUUGAUUUUACAGAAAUAAACCUUAUUUUCCACAAAUAAAUAAAUUUUCAGUAAAUAUAGAAAACUGGUGCCAUCUCCGAUAGGCUUGACCUUGACAUAUGUUAUAGAGACUCUCCUGAGUGACCUUCUGAAGGUUUGAGCUGUCGCUCUUUAUUUGUCAAAAAGUUAUUAACAAAAGAAGUUGCAUCAAAUGAAUGUAAUUUUUGGACACUGUAUAUAUGAAAACAUCGAAUUUGUAGGCUAAGAAGUGUCUGCCACUGCCCUAAGUAACAUUCAAAAGGUUUUAACUGGCGCUCAUUGUUUGUUAAAAAGUUAUUUAAAAAAAGAUAUAUCAAUAUCAAUACAGGGUAUAUUAAAUGUAGUAUGUAAACGGUGU